CACUGUGAAGUCAGAAAGUAGUUUCGUGAAGUGGUUUGUCUUCUCGCCAAAUUCAGAGCAGGUGGGGGUUGGGAUUUCGUUUGUCAGUGAAAUAAUAAUACAUAAAAAAACCGUAAACAAUCAUGGCUGCGGGAAUCGUGAGAUCACUUUGGAAGAACAAGAUGCCCCUUCAAGUUGGGCGCAUGUGCUACUCCUCGUCGUUGCCCACAACUAAGCUUUUUAUCGAUGGGAAGUUUGUUGAAUCCAAGAGUUCAGAAUGGCUGGAUAUUCACAACCCAGCCACCAACGAGGUGAUUGGCAGAGUCCCCAAAGCGACACACGAGGAGAUGCUGGCCGCAGUAGACUCCUGUUCACGAGCCUAUCACUCCUGGUCUGAGACCUCCAUUUUGGCUCGGCAGCAGAUCUUCUUACGCUAUCAGCAGCUCAUCAAGGACAACAUUAAAGAACUGGCCAAAGCCAUUACGUUGGAGCAGGGCAAGACCUUGGCAGAUGCAGAGGGAGACGUAUUCCGAGGAUUGCAGGUGGUGGAGCACACCUGCAGCAUCACCUCCCUCAUGCUGGGCGAGACCCUGCCCUCCAUCACCCGCGACAUGGACACCUACACCUACCGCCUGCCCAUCGGCGUGUGCGCCGGCAUCGCCCCCUUCAACUUCCCGGCCAUGAUCCCGCUCUGGAUGUUCCCCAUGGGCAUGGUGUGCGGGAACACCUACCUGCUGAAGCCCUCCGAGCGCGUGCCCGGCUGCGCCAUGCUGCUGGCCAAGCUGCUGCAGGACGCCGGCGCCCCCGACGGCACGCUCAACGUCAUCCACGGCCAGCACGACGCUGUGAACUUCAUCUGUGACCACCCUGCCAUUAGGGCCAUCAGCUUUGUGGGCUCCAAUCAGGCUGGGGAGUACAUCUAUGAGAGGGGCUCCAAGAAUGGCAAAAGAGUGCAGUCCAACAUGGGAGCGAAGAACCACGGCGUGGUGAUGCCCGACGCCAACAAGGAGAACACGCUGAACCAGCUGGUGGGUGCGGCCUUCGGCGCCGCGGGGCAGCGCUGCAUGGCGCUGUCCACCGCCAUCCUGGUGGGCGAGGCCCGCAGCUGGCUGCCCGAGCUGGUGGAGCGCGCCAAGGCACUGCGCGUCAACGCAGGCGACCAGCCGGGGGCGGACGUGGGGCCGCUCAUCUCCCCGCAGGCCAAGCAGCGGGUGGACAGCCUCAUCCAGAGCGGCGUGGACGAGGGGGCCCACCUGCUGCUGGACGGGAGGAACGUCCACGUCAAGGGCUACGAGAACGGCAACUUCGUGGGGCCCACCGUACUCAGCAACGUCACGCCCAACAUGAAGUGCUACACAGAGGAGAUCUUCGGACCGGUCCUGGUCGUGCUGGAGGCCGACAGCCUAGACGAUGCCAUUAACAUUGUCAACAUGAACCCCUACGGCAACGGCACGGCCAUCUUCACCACGAAUGGCGCCACAGCACGGAAAUACACCCACGAAGUGGACGUUGGACAGGUUGGAGUGAACGUUCCAAUCCCUGUCCCCCUGCCCAUGUUCUCCUUCACGGGCUCCCGGGGUUCCUUCAGGGGGGACACCAACUUCUAUGGCAAACAAGGAAUCCAGUUCUACACUCAGAUCAAGACUGUGACAUCACAAUGGAAGGCCGAGGACGCCACUCUGAAAACCCCCGCUGUCACCAUGCCAACCAUGGGACGCUAAGCAGCCUUCCCCAACUAGGUUUUAUCCCACUGCCCCAAGAACAAACUGGAAUAUGGCAACAAAUUUACUGUACAAAUGUACAUACCAUAAAACCAGCUGACCCGUACUCACAACUGACAAGCCUUAAAGCGUAAUGCAACGGAGUGGCUUUUUUUUAGAUUUUUAAAGUCCAGACUGUGAUUCUUAACAUGCACUAAGCAGGUUUGUACUGCUGACGAUGGCCCACAUGCACUGCUGCUGUUAAGGAUGUAUUGUGUAUGUAUGGUAAAGUACUGUAAUGGCACAGCAGCAGUAGAAAUGCAGAGCAUUAUGGGAAACCUAUAUGUGCACAUAUGUAAGCUACAUAACACAUUUCACUUUAAACUGCCCCUCUCGAAACCACUCGGCCGUCAUUGUUUUAAUUUGCUUGUUGAUUUGCUUCAUUGUUUUAAUUUGCUUGUUGAUUUGCUUCAUUGUUUUAAUUUGCUUGGCUCUUUUUUGCUAACUGUACUUAACGUUACAGUUUGAAAGAUCGAGUACGAUUAAGUUCAUGCUUUCUUGUUCCGGUGAUGACACCAGGAUAAGCAUUUGCUGUAAAUUAAAAUAAAGAUUGUGAAGUAAAUCUUU